UCUGUCUGAGCUCUCAGUGCCAAGCCUGCUUUCAUAAGAGCCACUCUCUUACACACUCACCCAGGACCCAACAAGCAGUCCAACACACACACACACACACACACACACACAGAGUAAGUGAGCUGCGAUAAGACACUGAGCACUAAGCAACUGAAAGUCACUCACAAAUCUACACAGCUCUCAGGAUGGAUGUUCUAAAGAAGGGAUUCUCCAUGGCCAAGGAGGGAGUGGUAGCGGCAGCUGAGAAGACCAAGGAAGGGUUGGAGGAGGCUGCUGCCAAAACCAAGGAGGGUGUCAUGUAUGUCGGUACAAAGACAAAGGAAGGUAUGGUUUCCAGCGUGAACACAGUUGCCCAGAAGACGACUGAACAGGCGAAUCUUGUGGGCGAGGCUGCAGUAGCAGGAGCCAAUGAGGUAUCAGGGAAGGCAGUGGAGGGUCUGGGGACUGUAGUGGCAUCUACUGGACUGAUCAACCCGGAUGAACAGCCAAUCACUGAGGCCGAACCGUCCCAAACCGAAGAAGCAGCAGAGCCAGCUGCAGAUGCAGGACAAUAGGGUCGUUAUCUUCUAGGACCGAUGGCUUCUUGACAUGGUCUUUUGGUGUUCAAGAGGAUAGUAAGAUGUUAACUGCAGUCAGUUCCCUACUGUUUCUUGUGUUUUGAUCCCUCCAACACCAAAGCUUUUUAGAGUGACUCGAAAAACACUUCCCAAAUAGCAUUGAUAUAUAAAUGGCUGAAGUUGGGAUGAAGUAGUGGUAGUACUAUAAUACCUGAAUGCCUUUUGUCUAAUGAAAAUCAAGACACACGUCUCCCUGUCAAAUUUUCAGUUGUUUGUACACUCCACUUAGCGUCUCCUCUCUGUUUCACUAGUCACUUAGAAGUUGGUUUCUACAACUAGACUUCCAAAACGAUUCUAUCGAUUCCACCUGCAUUUAUCUCCCGUCCCUCUUUGUCUUUCAUGAAGGCGUGUUCUGUUCUGAACUACAUGUAAUUGUCCUCCAUCACUAAGCACACACAGACCUAUACUGUUCUCUCUCCUCAAUCAGCAUUCUGCUUAUGCUUAGGGUUCUAUCAUAUACACUUAUAUAUAAUAUAAAAUGAUAUGUAUACACCAAACACUUUGCUCUUGAGUCAGCUUGCACACUGGUGUAGUACACCUGCUGUACCUGUAUCAGCUUAAAGGCAUCCCCAACCCCAAUGUCUUACUAACCCUUUGUACUAGUGCCUAAUACCUCAGAGAGCAGUAAAGAUCAGGCUUUUGGUUAUCAUUAAAGAGGAAGAUAUAAACAUCUCUGCCUUUUUUGGAAUAAAAAUGAAUGUCCUGACAGAUUUAAGUGAGUUUCUAAGUAGCUCUGAAAGCAUAAAGCAAGACUGGAUGAAUAUGAUGAUGGAGAAAGCUAAUGACAUAAUGACAUCCUCUGUUAAUGAUCCAACAAAAAGUAAUGCUAUAGAGCUCAGGUGACAACAAUCCUUACUGUCUUAAAAUGCAGUUCUGCUCUAAGUGAUGAAUUACUAAUCUGCCUGCUCGGCAACCCUUUCUUAAUUAUCCUAGUUCUUAUUCUUUAAAGUUUUUUUUUUUUUUUUGUAACAGUGUCCACUGUUAAAAGCGCUAUAGAAAUAAAACUGAAUUGAAAAUGAAUUGAACUGUGGAAACUGAGCUGAAAUAUUACAAAUGGAAGCAUUGUUUUGCAGAAGCUAUGCAUGUUGCCUUAAACACAACUCACUAACUGACUAUAACUGUGGCGCAAAUAUCUGCGAAUUAUUUUUCCAGUCAAAUGAUUUUUUUUUUUCAUUUUCUAAAUGAAUUCAGCACCUGAAAUAAAUGUUUGGUUAAAAAUUAAA